GGCAACACUGGGCAACACUGACAGUGUUCUUUGAUUUGUACUACACAUUUUGUAGGUUAACAUCAAGCCCAAAUCAUGCCAAAAAAGAAAACGGGUCAGCGUAAAAAAGCAGAAAAGCAAAAAUUAAGGCAAAAGGGAAUUAGAACGGCUAAAGAAAAUGUUCAGCUAGCCGAACAUCCUUGCAAUGGACCUAUGGAAUGCGAGAAAUGUCAUAGGAAACAAAGGAAUAGGGCAUUUUGUUAUUUUUGCCAAAGCGUGCAACGUUUACCAGUGUGCGCGCAAUGUGGUAAAAUGAAAUGUAUGUUAAAAACUGGGGAUUGUGUAAUUAGACACCCUGGCGUAUACACCACUGGAAUGGGCAUGGUUGGUGCAAUUUGCGACUUUUGUGAAGCUUGGGUUUGCCAUGGUCGUAAAUGCCUGCAAUCACAUGCAUGCACUUGCCCUUUGCAAGAAGCUGUUUGCAUUGAAUGUGAAAGAGCUGUUUGGGACCACGGAGGACGUCUUUUUAAGUGUUCGUUUUGCAAUGAGUUUCUCUGUGAAGAUGACCAAUUUGAACAUCAAGCUUCUUGUCAAGUACUUGAGUCAGAAAAUUACAAGUGUCAAUCUUGUAAUAAGUUGGGUCAGUAUUCUUGCCUGAGGUGCAAAACUUGUUACUGUGAAGACCAUGUUCGGAGAAAAGGUUUUAAAUAUGAGAAGAAUAAGGGUAUCCCUUGUCCAAAGUGUGGUUAUGAAACAUCGCAAACCAAGGACCUCAGCAUGUCCACUAGAAGCCAUAAGUUUGGUCGCCAAGGUCAAUCAACUUAUGAUGAUGAAGAUGAAGAGUAUGGCAAUGAAGCUGGUGGAUUUUCCUAUGGAGGUGGUUCAAGUGGUUAUACAUAUGGAGGAGGUGAUUACGGAGAUGAGGAUGAUGAAUCCGAUGAUGAUUAUGAUGAUGAUGAGGAAGACUCAGAAGAGGAAUCAUCCGAAGAAGAGUCUGAGGAAGAAAAAGAAAAUAAAAAAUAGAUAUUUUGUAUAUUUGCAUGUAUACUUUUGUAUAAAAUAUAUAUUGAUGGUUA